UUCCUCUCUGGCUAGCUUAGCCUGCUAGCUGCUACCAAAGACAACGGAAGUUAACCCCACAUUAUUGCGCAUGCGUCAUCCGCCAUUUUGGUUGUUGUUAAGCAUUGUUGGGUUGCAAAAAAAUCGAUUUUUUCCGCGUGUGUUGUUGCUGUACAUACUACAUGGCGAGGAUUGUUCGUUUCCACCAUUAAACCAGAAGAAGAAGAAGGAUUGUUUGUUACUGUUGUGACUUAGGUGAACUCGAAGCCUCUCGAUGUAGCUUAGCUUGCUAGCUGCUAACAAAGAGACCCGGAGGUGAUCAACACUUGGCUAAGCAGACAUCAACUGUGAGUGUAAAGUCUUGCUGUCGUGUGAAAAUGUGCGAAAGAACCAUAGCAGAGUACGAGGAGGAACUUUGUCGAACAAAAGAGGAGAACGAGCGACAACGUCAACUACUGGACGCUGUUUCCAAGAGGUACCAAGUUGGGUUGCACGGAGCAGAUGUCAGCAAGGAACAUCUUCACUCUGAGCAGCAGGAGUGGAGCUCCAGGAUGGAGGAGGAGGAGCCACAGCCCCCCCACAUGAAAGAGGAAAAGGAGGAGCCACACACCCCUCACAUUAAAGAAGAAGAGGAGGAGACCCGCCCCCCACACAUUAAAGACGAAGAGGAGGAGCCACAGCCCCCCCACAUUAAAGAGGAAGAGGAGGACCACAGCAUCAGCCAGGAGGGAGAGCAUCUUGAAGGACCGGAGGAGUUCCCAGUGAUUGGCGUCCCUGUGAAGAGUGAAGAUGAUGAAGAAGAUGAAGGUGAAAGCGAGGAGAAGAGAGAGGCGGAGCCUCCAAGCAGCAGCUCAACAGAAGCCGAUGGAGACCACUGUGGAGGAUCACCAGCAGACAAGCUCUUAGCUCCACUAUCAGAUAGUGAGCACACGACGUCACACUCUCCUGACACUGAUGAUGAUGAUGAUGAUGAUGAUGAUGAUGAAGACUCUACAGCUGAUAUGACAUGUCACCCUGGCAACACACGCUUGAAAUGCCAACACUGCGACAAGACCUUCAAACACCGCAGUAGCCUGUGUAAACACAAGAGAAACCACACGGACAAAACGCCCUUUAAAUGCUCUCACUGCGACACGGCUUUUAGUCGACAUUGUGAUAUGAAAAGGCACAUGAAACGACACAUAGAAGAGAAACCAUUCAAGUGCUCAGUUUGCAAGAAACAAUUCUCCCAUAAGUCAAAUUUAAAAACACACACACGAACACACACGGGAGAGAAACCUUUUACCUGUUCAAUGUGCGGAAAAGGUUUUUUCCAAACUCACCACAUGAAAAUACACAUGAGAAUACACACCGGAGAGAGACCAUACACCUGUUCAUUGUGUGGUAGCGGUUUUGUACAAAGUUCCGAUAUGAAAAAACACCUGAGGAAACACACUGGAGAGAAACCAUAUUCUUGCUCGGUGUGCGAUAAAGGUUUUGCACAAAAGUGUUAUUUGAAAACACACAUGAGAACGCACACUGGAGAGAAACCGUAUUCCUGUUCAGUGUGUGGUAUGGGUUUUGCCAAAAAAGGGAAUUUGAACGUACACCUGAAAACACACAAUAGGGAGAAACCAUAUUCUUGUUCAGUGUGUGGCAAAAGUAUUGCAAAUAAACGUAAUUUGACAAUACACAUGAGAACGCACACUGGAGAGAAACCAUAUUUUUGUUCAGUGUGCAGUAAAAGUUUUGCGCAAAAAGGCGAUUUGAAAACACACAUGAGAGGGCACACUGGAGAGAAACCAUAUUCAUGUUCAGUGUGUGGUAAAGGUUUUGCACAACAAUGUGCUGUGCAAAGACACACAAGAAUACACACUGGAGAGAAACCGUAUUCCUGUUCAGUGUGUGGCGUAGGUUUUGCACUAAAACCUAAUUUGAAACGACACAUGAGAAUCCACACGAGAGAGAAAGUGUUUCGGUGCAGCAUGUGUGAUGAACGAUUCUCUUCAAAGUACCAGCUUAGUAACCACACGUGUGCUGGGGAGAACAGUUAAGAUGAAUAGCAGAAAAGCGUUUCCACUGCAUUUCAGCCCUGCCACAAAAGGAGAAGCUGCCUCUGGUUAACAUAAGUGAGGGUGUUGACAAGGACAAAGGCUGGAGAUGACUCUGUGGUUCUGAUUGAGUGAGAAGACCAGACUGGAAGCUUUAAAAGGAGGCUUUUGUUCCUGCCUUGUUCCCCUUUAGACCACACCCACGUACAUAGCAGGUAUUUGACCUUUAGUCAACUCAUUAAA